AUGUCCGAAUUGGAAACGUCUACUAAUACGGUUACGGGCUUUUUCUACGAUUCUACGAUACGUUAUUCCGCCAAUCUUGUACUCAAAGCGAACUCAUCGUUACUUUUUUCUAUCCCACAUAAGUUAAACAUAAACGAACGUUUACUAAAAGCUCACGACGACAACGAAUCAUGUACGGAACGACGUCAACCGAGUAAAAAUGCGGGCGAAAAGCGAACGGAAAAGUACGAAUGUCGUCUCUUCCGAACGGUUCUCACGUUCGAUGACGAAAUCGAACGUCCAACGUAA